CUCAGUGACACCGGUCGGAGAAGAAGAAGAAGCGGCGCAGCUGCUCCAGAACCAGCAUGGGGGAAGAUCUGCGCUCUGAGCUGCAGGAGUUCCUGCAGAACCUGAAGAUCCAGACCAGCUGCGUGGAGCAUCCUCCGGUCUUCACCGUGGAGGAGAUGAUGCCUCACCUGCAGGAUGUGAGCGGCGCCGUCACCAAGAACCUCUUCCUGAAGGACAAGAAGAAGAAAGGCCUGUGGUUGGUGUCUGCUCGCCACGACCGGCAGGUGAACCUCAACGACCUCGCCAAGAAGCUCGGCGUUGGCAGCGGGAACCUGCGGUUUGCCGACGAGGCCACCAUGGUGGAGAAGCUGAAGGUGGGUCAGGGCUGUGCCACCGCUCUGGCGCUGCUCUUCGAUAAGGACCGGAGCGUGAAGCUGGUUCUGGACCGGGACCUGGUGGAGGGCGGCCACCAGAUGGUCCACUUCCACCCCAUGACCAACGGCGCCACCAUGGGGCUGAGGCCAGAAGAUCUGCUGCGCUUCCUCAGGGAGACCGGACACGAGCCCGUCCUGGAGAACUUUGAGUAGGACGGGCUGGACCUGGACCAGAACCUGGACCUGGACCGGGUCCUGAACCUGGACCUGGACCUGGACCUGGA